GCUCCCCCCCCCCCCCCCCUUUGCGUUGCCAUUCCGUGGCUCCCUCCGCUCAAUUCGAUCGUGCUUGCCAAACUUUUCUUUCCCGCUGCUUGCUUCCCACCGCUCGGGACCGAUUGUUUUGUCUGUAAGUAGUUUUGUAUCUAUAUUAUUCUCUCUGCUCCAGAGUGCUGCUUUGUUGCACUUCUGCAAGCCGUUUAACGGGCUGUUGUCUCUCUCUUCAAGGUUACGAUCGGGCUUGAAUCUAAGUUAGCCCCAUCGCUGACGCUAAGAUUCAUCUCACUGCACUAGAUAUCCCUAUCGCAAUUCGAUCAUUGCUCGCUGGAAUCAUCGGUUCGCGCUGCUUUGUGCACGUGCGCGCCUGUGUGUUUGUGUGUGUGGAGAUAAUCUACGAACUGGGUUAUGUUACAAGGGUGACGGCACAAUAUAUAUUUUAAAUCUGCAGCGGCAUCUAGUUUCUAGAUUCAUUUCGGCACUAGUCUGGUGGAUUCUUGGCCAGGUUUGGAGGAGCGCUGAGGUAUUGCGGAAGUUGCAGAGUCAGUUGCAGAGAGUGCGGCUUUUGUGGACAGCUCAGUUGGGGUUUUUGCAUUGCCGAUUUAGGUGUUGGCGGUAGCGAGUGGGAGGGUUUGGCUUCGUCGCUGGUUCUUCCGUUGUUGAGGCCACCAAGACAGUCAUCAAUUAAAAACUUGAGUACUGCACGAUGGAAAUCUUAUAGAGUGAUCCCGUUUCAUUUGACCUUCACCGCCGCGAAUAACACCCCCGUGCAAGCACCCCCUAGGCCUGGUUGUACUUUUCAAUUGAAAGUGUACAGGGUGUGCCGACUCCCGAACAUUUUGGAUAGUAGUGAUCUUUGAGAGUGCGUGUACACCAGGCAGAAGCGUCCGGGAUCAUUUUGUGUUGGAAUCUUCCGCCUGAUCCGCCAAGAUGUUUCAGAUGAAUUCGAAAUACAUGAGUCCGGGGAUGUCGAGUCCGGGACCGUAUCAGCAGCGGGCACAACCCUCUGUAUACGUGCAUGACAAACUGUCUCCAUCCUAUGGCAGUUCCCACGGCAUGAAUGGAGGUGAUAUGGUGCCUUUGAGUCCCGCAGAUCCCAAGCCUCGUCUACGAUGGACUCCAGAGCUUCACGAACGCUUUGUAGACGCCGUAACACAACUUGGCGGGGCUGACAAGGCUACUCCGAAAUCCGUUAUGCGCAUUAUGGGAGUGAAAGGGCUGACUCUGUACCAUCUGAAAAGUCAUCUGCAGAAAUAUAGGCUUGGGAAGCAGCUCAACAGAGAUCAACAUCUUCAAAACAAGGAUGGAAGUUUACAGCGGUCGAAUUCCUUCUCAGAUGGUGUCCAGCCUUUGAAGUCUCAAAAUCCUCAAGAUGGCUUGCAAAUGACUGAUCAGAUUCAGUUACAAUUGGAAGUUCAGCAACGUUUACAAGAUCAGUUGGAGGUGCAAAGACAUCUACAAAUGCGCAUUGAGGCACAAGGCAAAUAUCUGCAAUCUAUUCUGGAGAAAGCGAAAGAAACUCUCGCCAGUCACACAAAUGAGUCUCCGAGCUUGGAAGCCGCACAUGCGGAGCUCACCAAGCUGGCCACUAAAGUGACCACAGUGGGCAACAUGAUGCCUUCGGGUUUCUCCAACCUUGGCAUGGCGGGAAUGGCGCAGCCUGACUCUCUCAUGAAUCCUCAUCCACUUCCUCGACAGCCAUCUCGAAAUUCGGACACUUCCUCACAAAAGAGCUUUCUCACGAAUCUCACCCCGAACGCCGAGGACAGUGGGGGAAUCACCGGGAGCGGCGAGCCUCAAGGCGCUACCGAGGAUGAUGAUGGUGUUGGGCAGGAGUCUUCCACACAAUUUCAAGAAGAGAUGAGUGCUAACCGCCUGCACGCGCAGGGAUCCAGCAAUGGUAGAGGCAAACCAGCUCGCCUUGUACAUCCAGCAGCUGUUUCUACAACGUCACCUGCUUUAAUGAGAGUCAACGUGUCAUCCUCACCACACUGUAGUUCCGUCGCAAGUUUCUGGCCCACUAGCUCCUUCCAAAAUAUGCCGUCUUCAUCGAUGAACAUCCGUGUUUUGUCCGAGUCCAACGACAGCAACGCAAACCAGCUUGCAAAUGGUAUGGUUAUGGAGAGGCUGACCUCCCAGCAGCGUGUGGGGAUUCCCCACCCGAGCGUGGACAGUGUGGCUGGUGACCACCUUGGUGGAUUACUGCAAGGCGGGUUCGCGAGCUUGCACGAUAUGUAUGGUCAAGAGUUUGAACGACCCAAUGCAACCAUGCACGGAGUAGCACAUGACGUGAAGGAGGAGCAUAGUUCCCUGGAGCAAAACUAUCACGGAAACAGCUACUUGCAGUGUAGAGGUAGCGAGCUGGACUUGAACCACGGAUGGGAGCGGUACAUCUCCUCAUGAAUUGAGGCAUGCUGGUCAAAGGGUUAGUUAGGAAUUGUCCGGAUUGCUUCAACUGAAGCAACAAUGCUCUGAUGUGCUUCAAAUUGGUAACCUUGACAAUGCCCAUGUGGAGGGAGUGAAGGUAGAACAGGGUUGAAGAGUCUGUUAUGUAAGCGUAUGUGCAAGAUUCCACUUACGGCAAGGGUUUCUUUGUUUCUGUAGUUGUCAAUGGGGUCUCGAACGGGCACAUGAGCGGUUCUGGGUUGAUUGCUUACUCGUCCCAAUCUCGACGAGGGAGUUCUUUGCCCUCUCGCCCGCCCGAAAGCCUACGUUAGAAUCAUAAACAGAUCUAUAAUGUACUUAAAUGGUCUUUGUACAGUAAAAAAUCAGGCAGACGUGUCGGAAAUGUUGAUUAUCAUUCUUCGAUUUU